CAUUAUUGGGUAAUGGAAUAGAACUUUGAUUAAUAUAUAUGAUUAAUAUAUAUAUUCCAUGUACAUUCAUGACUUAUUAACGACAGUUACAAUGCUUGAUUGCUAAUUAAUCACACGCCGAAACAAAAGCUUGUUUGACGCCCCAUGGAGGGAGAGAGAGAGAGAGAGAGAGAGAGAGAGACGGGCGCAAACACUCCCAUAUUUGUUCGGCGCGACACACUGGAGCGCACCGAAGACUCAACCCGCUUGUCUCCGCGCGCGCGCGCUUCUUUAUGAAACAAAGCAUGUCUUGGCUCAUUGUGGUUCUCCAUUGCCACAUCAAAAAGGCAGUUGAAACAGAUAAAAUAUAUCCAAAUCAUCGGGGAGUUUUAAAAGUUAGCACAUCAUCUUUGGUAUGAUACGCUUGGCGUGGAGUGUUUGGCGGAUUGCGCAGCGCUUCAGAUUGGAGUCUACAAGUUUGAAGUCGAAGCGCGCCUUGGAUGAGAAUACGCUUGGAAAUGGGGGAUCAGCACCAAGGGUCCUCAGAAUGGAAUUAACUACCAUCACCUUCACUUCGCCGAACUCAUCCGCGGAUACUAAUGCCACGAGCGCGCCGAGACCCCCGCCGCAUUCACAGUGCGCGGCGGUGCUCAUCAUUCUCGUGGUUACCGUGAUCAUCGUGGUGACCAUUGUGGGGAACGUAUUAGUCGUGGUGGCCGUUUUCACCAGCCGCGCGCUGCGUGCGCCACAGAAUCUCUUUCUGGUCUCUUUGGCGUCUGCUGAUAUUUUGGUGGCCACUUUGGUCAUUCCAUUCUCCCUAGCCAAUGAAGUGAUGGGCUACUGGUACUUUGGAAGCACCUGGUGUGCCUUCUACCUGGCUCUGGACGUGCUCUUCUGCACGUCGUCUAUUGUCCACCUCUGCGCCAUAAGUUUGGACCGGUACUGGUCGGUCACCAAAGCGGUCAGCUACAAUCUAAAGAGAACCCCGCGGAGGAUAAAGUUCAUGAUCACGGUGGUGUGGAUCAUUUCGGCGGUGAUUUCCUUCCCGCCGCUUCUCAUGACCAAACACGACGAGCUGGAGUGUUUGCUGAACAACGAGACCUGGUACAUCCUCUCCUCCUGCAUGGUGUCGUUUUUUGCCCCUGGUCUCAUCAUGAUUUUGGUGUACUGCAAGAUCUACAGGGUGGCCAAACAGCGCGCGUCCACCGUAUUCGUGGCCAAGAACGGGAUGGAGCGACAACCGUCGCAGUCCGAGACCUGCUUCGUGCGUAAAGGGAAGUCUGAGAUGGAGAGCCCCAGCAGCCACAGCUCAGGCAGUCGAGAGCGCAAAGGCGAGCUCGACGACAUCGAUCUGGAGGAGAGCAGCGUUUCCAACAGACACAGGAACUCGCGCUUCUCCAAGAGCAGGAAGGUGGAGGGUGCACACGCGUGCCCAAAGCAAAAUGGACGGCUGUCAUGGGCAUGUAGCCGCGCGUCGGAGCUCGAGCAGGAGCCGAAGUCGCGUCAGCUGUCUUUGUCCAAGUCAAAACUGGCACAGAUGCGAGAGAAGCGCUUUACCUUCGUUCUGGCAGUGGUUAUGGGGGUGUUCGUGCUCUGCUGGUUUCCAUUCUUCUUCACGUACAGCCUUCAUGCAAUAUGUCGAGAAAGUUGCACGAUACCGGAUUCUCUGUUUAAUCUCUUUUUCUGGAUUGGUUACUGCAACAGCUCUGUGAACCCCAUAAUUUAUACCAUUUUCAACAGAGAUUUUAGGAAAGCGUUCAAGAAGAUAAUGUGUCAGCAUUCGACACGCACGUAAAUGCACAUGUAUAUGUGAAUCAAUGACAAAUAAGAGUCAGAGGGGCAAUCUUUUGUAAAUAUAACACAUAUAAUAGGGUAAUUUAAUAUAAUAUAAUAUAACAUAAUAUAAUAUAAUAUAAUAUAACUCAUCUGCCUUAAAAUGUCUGACAUUCUUUCCUUGCACUUUGAAUAUAUGUAGUUUUUUUAAGUUUUCAAACUAAUAUUUUAUCAUAUCAUGAAUAGUCAUUCAUGAAUAUAAGAAGUUUUCUUAGGCUGAACAAAACAUUCCCUUUUUAUAGCAAGCGUUUAAAAAAAAAAAAAAAAAAUCUUGACACACAUUAAUAUGGUUUCAUGGUAUUCUUGUCACAUGAAAACAAAAUGUCUUUCUGUUUGUUGGUCACACCACAAUGACUCAAUGAUUUGGCAGACUUUCUUCUUCAAAUAUUAAUAAUAUUUGAAAUCAAACUGCUUUGUUUGAAAGAUAAAACAAAUACCAACUUUUCUUUUAUCAAGAAUUUUUUUUUUACAAUCUCCAGCCAUUUACACUAAAAUUACAUUUUUUAUUUCUUUAAGCCUCACAAAUGUGAAUUUUUUUUCCAGAAAUUAAAAACAUUUCAUCAUAAGGUAUAUUUAAAUAACUAUAACUGGCAUUUUUGUUGUAUUUUUGAAUAAUUUUAUACAUCCGGACACAAAAAUGAGCAUCGUGUCAUUGACCCAUAGGCCUAUGUAACCUAUGUGUUGCCGUGUGUUUGUUUGAGUUAGUCUGUGUGCUUUGUAAAUAGUCUUACAGGAUUUUACAGCAUUUUUCUUGCUCUUUGUGCACAUAUUUUGGAAUGUAAUGUAUUCAUAUUUGAGAUUUUAACUUAAAAUAUACGAUAUGUUUAUUUCCUCAGAUAAACACUGGCAGGUGACCUGGCCAAAUGUGAAAACUCCUUUAAAGACCACACAUAAUGUGGCAGUCCACUUUAAAUGUGUAUUAUUUAUAGGAGUACAUGUUCAAAAUACUGCAAAACUGGAUCGAAAAAACUUAGAUAUGACACAGACACUUUGAUGAAAUUGUUUCAAUGUACAAAGACAUUAAUGUGAGACAUUUUAAUAAAGUUUUUGAACCAGUGUUUAUGAAA